GAGAUUAGUUUGUUUUGGUUUAGCUUAAAAUUUUGGAAUCACAUGGUUAUGCUUUUUCAGUCUGGAGCAUGUGCUUUCAUACUUUUUUGAUGAAAGCAUAAAAUGCCUUAAUUAUGAUUAGGUUUAAACCAUUUAUAGAGUUAAUUAAUUCAAAUUUAUCUCCUAUUUCGUGUUUAAAUAUUGUAAGGACAUCAAGACAUGUUGGAUAUCGUUCUUUCUCAAAUCAAUUGGCUAAAAGGCCAUUUGAUUUUGAUGAAGAUGAAAGAGACUUUGCUCCUCAUAUACCAAUAAUGCCCAAUGAGAUAGUUGAGCUCUUUAAUCCACAAGAUGGUCAGCUGUUUAUUGAUAUGACAUUUGGAAGCGGUGGCCAUUCCAAGCACCUUCUAGCAACUGGAAAAGAUAUUCGCAUAGUUGGAAUGGAUAGAGAUCCUCUUGCUUAUAAAUAUGCCCAUAGACUGGCUGAGCAAACCAAAGGGCAGGUAAUACCUUUGUUGGCAAAAUUCAGUCAGUUACCUGGACUUUUGGCCAAACACAAUAUAAAACCAGGAUCUAUUCACGGUAUCAUCAUGGAUUUAGGUCCUUCAGCUAUGCAACUUGCUGAUCCUGUUCGAGGUUUUUCUUUCAGUGCAGAAGGUCCACUUGACAUGAGAAUGGAUGGUAAAUAUUCACUCACUUCACUAACAGCUGAUGAUGUCGUGAACUCUCUGGAUGUUGAGAGCUUGACUAAGAUUUUCAAAAUUUAUGGAAAUGAAAAGCUUGCAGCUAAAUAUGCCAAUGCUAUCAUUGAUUGUCGAGUAAUGAUGAAAAGGAUUUCAUCCACCAUUGAAUUAGCAAAUCUUAUUGACUCCUUAGCCGCUGGUAGAAUAAUUGAAGACGUUGAGCGAGAGCGUACAUCAGCCAGCAGAGUUUUUCAAGCUUUAAGGAUAUUUGUAAAUAAUGAGUUAAAUGAGCUCUACUAUGGGAUAGCCAAAAUGAGAAGUUACCUUUAUCGAGAUGAGCAUGUUACAAAUCUGUAUAAAAACAAUUCCGAUAAUAUGAAGGCCAUUUCUGACGAAAUCCGAGCAUCGGCCUCUGGCAAGUUAGCUGUCAUUUCAUAUACAAAACAAGAAGAUACUUUGGUAAAGCGUCACUUCCAAGGAGUUGAUAUCGAUCAUCCGCUGACCCACGAGCCUCCAAGACUGUACAACUCUAGACUUCAUGAACCAACAGAUGAACAGAUGAAUUUUAUUGUUUCCAAAAAAUGGUUUUCUCUUUGUAAAUUUGUUCCUUCUAAAGAUGAACUGGGAAAAAACCCUUUAGCUUAUCCUGCCAAAUUACGAGUUGCUACAAGAGUUUUAUGAGGUAUUCUCAAGAAUGGAUAUACAUAUGUAUUUGAUUUAGUACAGCUGAAUUUUUAACUGUUGAGUUUUUCAAAUCUACAAUAUACAAUCUGAAUCUGAAUCUGAAUCUAAAUGCUAACUAACAAAAAGAUGUUAGAUGGAAUAAAGGACCUUUUGUCUGGACUUCAUUACGAAUUGAAAUUGAUUUUAAUUCAAAAAUCUUAACCCACAAUCAUCAAUAACAGCUGUGAUCGAUUAAAAUUCAGAAAUGUUAUGCAAAUGUGUUUGAACAUUUCGACAUUUGUAAAUAUUGAAAAAUGGUAUUUCAUAAUUGACUGUUUCUUGAAUUAGUGCUAUUAAUUAAAUUAAAUUACAUUGUAAAAUACAGGAUGAAUUAUUAUAUAAUGUAAAUACCGUAUUAAUCAAUUUCAUGA